GGAAGGAGAGGAGAGGAGAUUUGGGUUGAUUUUCUAUUUUGGGAGUUUUAGGGUUUUAAGGGUUUGUAGCUUUUGUUGCUUCUGCUCUUUACCGAUAAUGCGUGGCUUGACUCCGAUGAGAUGGUGUCGGCGUCGUGAAUCCCUAGUUCCUUUCCUCUUGUUCAAGCUCUUCUUUCUCUUUUGGCUUUUCUCCUCUGCUUCAGCUGAUGACUUUGCUUCGGAUAAAUCGGCGCUACUUCAGUUCAAGAGCUCUGUUUCCGAUCCUUCAGGGCUUCUCUCCGGGUGGAGUUCUGGUGUUUCUGCUCCUGAUUACUGCUCUUGGUCUGGUGUUUUCUGCGACUCCAAGUCCUUUAGGGUUUUGGCUCUCAAUAUAACCGGUGGUGACGCCGGCAGUGGAGGUAAUUCGGAAUCUCUCUCUUGUUCUUCAAAUUUUGCUCGACUUCCUUUUUAUGGGUUUGGGAUUAGGAGGACUUGUUCGGGUGGCGGUAGUGGGAGACUGGUUGGCAAGCUUUCGCCAUCAAUUGGGAACCUCACUCAGCUUCGUAUCUUGUCGUUGCCCUUCAACGAUUUCAGUGGUGGAAUUCCGGUUGAAAUAUGGGGUCUUCAUAACUUAGAAGUGCUUGAUCUUGAAGGGAAUUCACUUUCUGGAACUUUGCCCCCUCAAAUUGGGGGUCUAAGAAGGUUGCGUGUCCUCAAUCUGGGUUUCAACAAGAUCUCCGGGGAGAUUCCUGCCCUUCUUUCCAACUGUGGUGAUUUACAGGUAUUGAAUCUUGCUGGUAACAAAGUUAAUGGCACGAUCCCGGGCUUCAUUGGUGGUUUCUCCGAGUUGUGGGGCCUUUACUUGUCAAAUAACCAUCUGGGUGGGUCUAUUCCUGAGGAGAUAGCAAACAACUGUCAAAAUCUCGAACAUCUCGAGUUUUCAGGGAAUUUCUUGGUUGGUAGCAUUCCACGGAGUUUGGGGAAAUGUUCUCAGCUGAAGUCUCUGCUUUUGUUUUCUAAUAUGUUGGAAGAGGUUAUUCCUCCCGAAUUUGGUCGGCUUCAGAUGCUGGAAGUGUUGGAUGUGUCAAGGAACAGCCUCAGUGGUCCUAUUCCUUCUGAGCUUGGAGGUUGCUAUGAACUGACAGUCCUUGUUCUCAAGAAUCUAUAUGAUCCACUGCCUGCUGCUCAGGAUUCAAAAGAGGGCUCCUUGAUGGGUGAUGAUGAUUACAAUUAUUUCCAAGGGGUCAUUCCUGCGGAGAUUGCCAGCCUUCCAAAGCUCAGGAUAUUUUGGGCACCAAGAGCAACUCUUGAGGAUAAGAUUCCAGUCGACUGGGGUGCUUGUGACAGUUUGGAAAUGGUUAACUUGGCUCAAAAUCUCUUCACUGAAGUAAUUCCACUGGCGUUUGGACGCUGCAAGAAUAUGCAUUUUCUUGACUUGAGCUCGAACUUGCUGACCGGGGAGCUGGAUGAGAAUCUCCAGGUUCCUUGUAUGGAUGUUUUUGAUGCAAGUGGAAAUCUCUUGACGGGUUCCAUUCCUACAUUUACUUAUGGUAGCAUUUGUCCUGGUAUACCCUCCUUGAAUCCUUAUUUUGGCCAGGCUUACAGCCCGUCCAUUGCAUAUUCAUCAUUUUUCACACGCAAAACACGUUCUAGAAUCCCUGUUACAUCUCUUGGAGCCAGUGGCAGUAGUCUUGUGAUUUUUCACAAUUUUAGUGGGAAUAACUUCACUGGUUUCCUCCCAUCGUUGCCAAUUUCACCUGGAAGAUUAGGGAAACAGACUCUUUAUGCAUUUCUUGCUGGCGGAAACAAGCUCAGUGGGUCAUUUCCAGGGAAUUUAUUUGAGAAAUGUGAUGGUUUGGGUGCAAUGAUUGUCAAUGUUAGUAACAACAGACUUUCUGGUGAGAUUCCAGUGGAGAUUGGUACAAUGUGCAGAUCACUUAGGCUCUUGGAUGCUUCGUGGAACAUGAUUACUGGAUCAAUGCCAGAUUCUUUUGGGGAUCUGGACUCUCUAGUCAUUCUUGAUUUGAGUUGGAACAAACUGCAGGGUAAGAUUCCAGUAAGUCUUGGUCACUUAAAGAGCCUAAAUUCUCUCUCUUUGGCUGGGAACAACCUAACUAGCAGCAUCCCUUCCAGCUUUGGGGAGUUAAGCUCCCUAGAACUGUUGGAGCUUUCUUCGAAUUCUCUCUCCGGCGAAAUCCCGAAAGAUCUUGUGAACUUGAGGAAACUGAAAGUUCUCCUGCUCAAUAACAAUAAAUUCAAAGGUCAGAUUCCUUCUGGGUUGGCUAACGUGACAUCAAUCUAUCAAUUCAACGUGUCAUUCAAUAAUUUGUCUGGACCGCUCCCAUUGAAUGUUAAUCUGAUGAAGUGCAACAGUGUUAUUGGGAAUCCUUAUCUGCAGUCUUGUCAUUUGUUUUCACCAUCAGCACCAGAUGCGGAUCUGCAGAUGAUAAAUGGGAAUCCACAAAAUUAUGCAGCUUCUCCAUCUGAAAGCCCCCCCCAGGGAAGUGGGAAUAGUGGAUUUAAUUCUAUUGAGAUUGCAUCAAUAACGUCUGCAUCGGCCAUUGUUUCCGUUCUUCUUGCUCUUGUUGUUCUCUUUCUUUACACAAGAAAAUGUGUGCCAAAGUCCAGAGUUCCGGGUUCAGGAAGAAAGGAGGUCACCAUUUUUAAUGACAUUGGGGUUCCACUCACAUUUGAAACUGUUGUGCGUGCAACGGGCAGUUUCAAUGCAAGCAACUGCAUUGGGAAUGGAGGUUUUGGUGCUACCUACAAGGCUGAGAUCUCUCCUGGAGUUCUAGUUGCGAUAAAGAGGCUCUCGGUUGGGCGAUUCCAAGGUGUUCAACAGUUUCAUGCUGAGAUCAAGACCCUCGGGAGGAUGCGGCAUCAGAAUCUUGUGACCUUGAUAGGUUACCAUGCCAGUGAGACGGAGAUGUUUCUGAUAUACAAUUACUUGCCUGGAGGUAAUUUGGAAAAAUUCAUCCAGGAAAGGUCUAAGAGGGCUGUAGAUUGGAGGAUACUUCACAAGAUUGCUUUGGAUGUAGCCAGGGCACUUGCAUAUCUACACGAUCAAUGUGUUCCAAGAGUUCUCCACCGUGAUGUCAAGCCAAGCAAUAUAUUGUUGGAUAAUGAGUACAAUGCAUAUUUGUCGGAUUUUGGAUUAGCAAGACUUCUGGGGACCUCUGAAACUCAUGCAACUACUGGUGUGGCAGGAACAUUUGGGUAUGUGGCUCCAGAGUAUGCGAUGACUUGCCGUGUUUCAGACAAGGCUGAUGUGUACAGCUAUGGUGUUGUGCUACUGGAGUUGCUGUCAGAUAAAAAAGCAUUGGAUCCUUCAUUUUCUCCAUAUGGUAAUGGUUUCAAUAUCGUUGCCUGGGCUUGUAUGUUGCUAAGACAGGGUAGGGCAAAGGAGUUCUUCACUGAAGGGCUAUGGGAUGUAGGCCCUCAUGAUAAUUUGAUAGAGACACUACACUUGGCCGUCAUGUGUACAGUUGACUCCCUCUCAAUCAGGCCUACGAUGAAGCAGGUCGUGCAACGGUUGAAGCAACUUCAACCUCCUCCAUGUUAGCUGAUAGCUCUCCGGUGAAGUCACUAUUUGAUUUAACUGAUCAAGAUGUUCAGUUCAACUUGUACAAGGUAUCUGAGAUUUGUGCUCGUAUGCACAAUCCCCUUUUUAGGGGCAUCCCUCAUAUUGGGUUCUGAGUUGUAGUUAUCCUGCUUGUAAUAUAUUUCCGCAGCCAUUUUUGGAUGUCUCUUUCCAGUUCCCAUGGGAGGGGUGGGGGGACUCACUGAGAUGAAUCUGCAGAAGAAUGCGGAUGUCUGUCUUCUGAUUUGGAUCAAAUUUUCGGAAUACAACAUGUACUUCAGUUUCUUUUGGCAGUUGAAUAACAGUAGAAAAAGAGGUAUCAUCCAA